AUGGAACAACAAGAGGCAGAGGAAAAUGAGUAUCUAACUCCCAUAACGCAGUCGAAGAAGGAGGAGUUACUACGACUUGAAUCUGCAGGUAAAACGCCAAGAAGAGUCAAAGUAUAUUUACUAAAUGGAGAUGACUGGAUAGAUAAUGGAACCGGGUUUUGCGUCGGAGAGAUUGAUGAAGAGACCAAGAUGCCUUACUUUCUAGUGCGAAAAGAAUCGAAAAUGGAUGAAAUAAUUCUCAAAUCUAAUCUAGAGGGGAGCAUUCAGUACCAGCGACAGCAGGAUACUCUUAUUGUUUGGACCGACCCUUCUGGAUCGGAUCUAGCCUUGUCGUUUCAGGAAACAGAAGGCUGCGCCGAUUUGUGCGACUUCAUCAUCAAGGUGCAACAGGGGAACUACAGUCCCAACAUAUCAUUGUAUUAUGUUAUUUCCAGACUAGCUGAAGGAGAUGAUAUUACUGAACUAAUCACUGGCCCAAUUCGAUACCCAACCACGCUACCGAAUGAGGGGAAUUUGGAACGUGUUCUAGAAAGUUUAAUUCAAGGAGCCAAUUCGCAAUUUACAAGAACCAAUAUUCUGGACUACUUGGUAGAGAGCAAGUACUUUGAGAAGCUUAUGAAAAUUUUUGAAAUUGCUGAGUCUAGUGGUAACACCACUGCCUUACAUGAUUUGAGUAGCAUAACGAAGGUGAUGAUAUCAUAUAAUGAGCCGUCAUUACUUGAGGAAAUGCUAUCGUCUGAAAGAAAUAUAUAUAUACUUGCAGGCAUCUUGGAGUAUGAUUCUAACUCACCCGGAUCCAAACCUGAGCAUAGGGCACUUUUGGAGAAUCGGUUGUUUAAAACUGUGAUUCCGGUAAACGAGCUGGAAAUUUUCAAGAGAGAUCACUCCUUAACUGUUUUAAAAGAAGUUGUAUUGACGAGAUUCCUUGAUGAUCAAACCGCAAGCGAGUUCAACUCGCUAAUACAUGCAAACCAAAUCAAGGUUUUGGAGUACUUGAAAAGUGCUGGAGUACUCGAGAAAUUGUUUAAUAUUUACGAAGACGAGGUCGAUGUUGAACUUAAACGUGAUGGGGUGAAAAUGCUACAUCAAUAUGUACUAAUUGCCAAAUCAAUUCAAAAACAUGAUUUUUUUGCACUGGUUGUCAAGUCAGGGCUAUUUGCGAUGGUUAAAUUUGCGUUAAGUGAUUCCGAGGAUAGGAUACGAAUAUUGGGUACUGAGUUAAUUGUUACCAUCAUAGAGCAAAAUCUCGCUUCGACGAGCUCAAGUGCAACAGAGCAAGCAAUUGAUAAUUCAGAGCCCCCGAUCCGGCCAUACUUGGACGAGAAUAACCCUAAUAAUACCCUCGGAAAUGGAUCGAAUGAAAAAGAGGAAAUUCCAGAGAACAAGUCUGGAUUAAUUGCAUUUGGUGUUAGUUUUUUGUCGACUUUAUGUGACAUAAUAGCCGACGACGAGCACAUAGGGUUGAAGUAUCAGGCGUUUGAAGCAUUGAAAACGCUACUAGACCAAAGCAUGCUAGAAAAUGUGGGAGACACAUUCCUGGAGCAACUCACAUACAAACUGCAAGUGGAAGAGAGAAGUUUAAGCCAAAAGGAUACCGAGGGGUCUAUUGAGGAUAAAGUUGACGGAGCAAACAGGUGUAAUCAGUUGAAAGCUUUCUAUAUGAAAGUGGCACCAAGAUUGUUUGCAAAAUUGACCGCAAUCGGUGGUUCUAGCGGACCGGUUGAGCCAAUAACACGAGCAGACUCAACAUUGUUUCUGCUACUUUGCGAGUUUAUCAUAUUUGGCGCAAGUGAGCGCGACAUUGCAGACUUUAAGAAAUUCAUUAUUGAAUGUAAAGUUUUGAAAGGAAUGGUUUCGCUAUUAAACUUUGAGUGCAAAAAAGUUUUGAGACUCCACGUUGUGAGAUGUUUGAGAAGCAUUGUUUUACUCAAUGAUGAUGAGUUAACUGAUUACUUGUUAGAAAAUGAUAUCCUCGGAGGUUUAUUUCUGUAUUUUGAAUCAGUCUCAAAUCAAAAUGACAUGUGCAAUUCAGCAUGUUUAGACUUUUUGAAUAUAAUUCGAACCCAAAGCGAUGCAAAAAACUUUGGAAAGAGGAGGAACUUUAAGUUGAUUGCCGAAUUUUUAAGUAAACACCAUGGCCAACUCUUACAAUCUGUAUCAUGCAUGAUGAUUGGACCCAAUUUAGCUACCCUUGUCGAAAACAACUUCAAUGAAACUGAGAGCUUGACUUUGGGAAUAUGUGGAGAGACAAAUCUUGAGCAGCUAGGAAUGCACGAAAGUUUUAUGCGUAAUGGGUUCAAGUGCCAUGAGGAUAUUGAAGAAUUGAGUUUGGGAAAUAUCCAUCGUGAUGCCUCGAAAAGUUCUGGUGAUGACUUGUUGUGUGUUGUUUCAUCACGCAAUGGAAGACGCAAAUCAAAAGAGGGACCAGAUGAGGAAGAUGCUAAUGCUGAGCAUAAGUCAUAUACAAAUAGUUCAAAAAUUGGAGACAAAAGACCGCGGGAUCAGCAUCAAACGUCGGAUAUAACAAUUACAAGUGUGACAAAACGAAGAAGCUAUAUUGAAACGAAAGAAGAAAACUGUCUUGAGGAACGCCUCGCAGAAAAGACAUCGACUUCUCGUGUGCAUGAUUCAUCUCCGAAGGAUAUUCACAAACCCGAUGGCUCUGCGGAUAAAAAAGAGCUUGCGACUGUCCAGGGAACACUAAUUGAAGCUAGUGGACAUGGAGGACGCGAUGGUUGA